AUGGCCGAUCGAACUAAACUCCUCGUGCAAAAGCGGACAUCGCUAAAGUCGCAAAUCACGAAUCUAGCCAAUCUCCUCGACAAAGGCAAAAUAGACGGCAAAAAUUUGAAAUUACGCAUCACGCGUUUAACCGAACUAUACCGCGCGUUUGAAGAAUAUAACGACGAGCUCGCGGUGUUGGAUCCGAGCGACGUUCAUCAUUCCGAAUUCUCUAAUAUACAAGAACGAUUUUACGCUCUCGCGGUCAAUGCUGAGAAUAAGUUGGGUGCGGCGAAUAUGGCGAAUAAGGGCGACAAUAUAUCGAGUGACGAAAUCCGGAUCGAGAACACGGAAACAGCAACAACGUUCAGAAAAAGGCGCAUUAAACUUCCCGAAGCUCCUCUCCUGACAUUCGAUGGCAAAUUCGAAAAUUGGUUGUCAUUCAAAAACGCGUUCUCGUCUAUGAUAGGCGCGCAAACGGAUUUAACAGACGUCGACAAAUUAUAUUAUCUAAAAUCCGCGUUGACGGGUGAGGCCGGCAAUAAAAUAAAAAUAUUUUCGAUCGACGGGGCGAGUUACACGAAGGCUUGGGAUUUGCUUGAGCGCUCGUACGAAGUGAAACGGAUUCUAAUUAUGCGACACCUCGCGACUAUGGUAAAUUUGCCUACGGUAGAAAAGGAAAAUACAAACGGUCUGACGAAACUCGCUGACGACGCUCAACAACACAUCGCGGCAUUAACGUUAGGCGUCACAAUCGGACAAGAGAUGAUCGUAUAUCUUAUAGAGAGUAAAUUACCGAAAGCCACGUUAGAUAAAUGGCAGGCGACGCUUGUGAGAGAUACCUUUCCCAAACUCGAAGACUUAUACGAAUUCGUAUAUAAAACAGCGGUGUGCGCGUCAAUACGGGAGCGACCGAUAUCAACAGAAACAAAUAAGAGCAAGUACGAACCGCCAGUCAAAAAGAGGAAAUUCGACGCUCCGAAUCGGGCACUUGUAGUAAGGGCAUCGCGCAAUUGCAUCGCGUGUAAAGGCAAACGACAUCCGCUUUACACAUGCAACGUAUUUAAACAAUUAACCGUGACAGAACGUAUUGAUAUGGUGAAAAAGGCGAAACUAUGUUACAAUUGCCUACGCUCUCAUUAUGCCGUGCAAAUUUUCAAAUUGUACGAUCGCAGCGCGCCGAGUCCCGUUGCAUUAACUAUACCAUACGUUACUCCACAGCUUAUGACAAGUGCAUUGAUAUAUGUAUGCAACUCCGAACGUAACACUCACGUUGGUAUCGAAUGUCGAGCACUCUUAGACACGUGCGCGACCACGAACUUUAUCACGGAAUCCAUCGUGAAGCGGUUAGGUGUGCGGACAAUAAAAAAAUCAUCAACGAUCAGCGCGAUCAAUGCUGUCAAUACUGUAUCGAAGGGUGUAGUGAAAAUUGCCGUACAAUCGUUAGAUAAAGGUUUCUGCAAAACCAUCACGUGCUUGACGAUACCGACUAUCACAGAUUUAGUGCCUUCAGAAAUUUUCCCGCGAGGUUUGUUAGCUUUACCGUCAGACAUCAAAUUAGCAGAUCCGGAGUUCCAUCUGCCGCGACCUGUCGAGAUGUUAAUAGGCUCGGGCGCGACGUUGUCUUUAUUUUCCGAUGGUCAAAUCGAUCUAUCCCGCGAAGGGUACGAUCUACACCUCCAAAACACGUGCUUAGGAUGGGUGAUCGCUGGCGGUGCUCCACCACAAUCAUCAUCAAAAAAUACGUGCUAUAUGACGGGUUUAGAAAUUCAAUUAACGAAAUUUUGGUUGAUAGAAGAUAUUUCGGAGGAAAAGGCGAGAUCGAAGGAGGAAAUCGAAUGCGAAUCGUAUUUUUUAAACACCGUCUCACGUCGCGACGAUGGACGUUAUGUAGUUCGCUUACCCUUCAUCAAAACAGAUAAACGUCUCGGCAAUUCGCGAACGACGGCACUCAAACGUUUAUUAUCGUUAGAACGCAAGCUCAAUAUGAAUACGUCCUUAAGAAUCGAGUAUGAACGGAUUUUCGAAGAAUAUUUGCGAUUAGGGCAUAUGUCGAUGAUCGAGGAACCGGAUGACGACGGUUACUACAUGCCACAUCACGCGGUGACAAAGGAAUCGAGUGAAACCACCAAGGUUCGCAUAGUGUUCGACGCAUCAGCAAAAUCCAAUUCCGGUGUAUCUUUGAACGAUGUGUUGAUGACAGGCCCCACAAUACAGGACAAAUUAUUCUCACAUUUGAUCCGCUUUCGCACUUAUAAUUAUGUCAUCUCCGCUGAUAUCGAGAAAAUGUACCGUCAGAUACUAUUACAUGAAGACGAUCGUCGAUAUCAGCAGAUAUUAUGGCGUAAGGAUGGCACGAUCAGAACGUUUCAACUCAACGUCCUUACGUUCGGGGUUUCUUCCUCUCCGUUUUUAGCGAUCCGCGUAAUCAAAAGAUUAGUCGAAGACGAACGCCAAAAUUAUCCUGUAACCGCAGAUAUCAUUGGAUCGCAUUUAUACGUGGAUGAUUUGUUGACGGGCGCCGAAACUAUCGAUGAGGCUCGAAAAAUCCGGGACGAGGUGACCGAAUUGUUAGCGCACGGCGGCUUCGUUAUAAGGCAAUGGGCGUCUAACGACGAACGUAUUAUAAACGAUUUAGAGACGAACGCGCUACACGUGAGCUUCACAUUAAAUGCAGAUCGCGCGUUGAAAACUUUAGGCCUAAUAUGGAACACCCAAGAUGACGAAAUAUGCUACGCAACCAAUCCGAUUAAGCGCUUCGAGCGAGUGACAAAGCGAAACAUUCUUUCGGAAAUCGCGAAAAUCUUCGAUCCGAUUGGUUUAUUAGGUCCGGUCAUUCUCUACGCCAAGAAAUUAAUUCAAAAUGUUUGGCGGUGCGGGAUCCAAUGGGACGAACCUGUCCCACAGACUAUAUGCAACGAAUGGUUAGAAUUCUCGCGUCAAUGGGAAAUAAUGGAUCAAAUGUCCUUUCCUCGCAAGUUGUCAACAACGAACCAUUCCGAUAUACAAAUCCAUGGGUUUUGCGACGCUGGCAACGUGGGAUACGGCGCCUGUCUCUACGUGCGGUCGAGCGGAGAUCAAGGUUAUGCGUCGUCGCGUUUAUUAUGCGCCAAAUCGCGAGUCGCACCUCUGAAACCCGUAACCAUUCCACGACUUGAACUCUGUGGAGCAUUAUUAUUAGCGCGAUUGUACCGCGAAAUCGUCAAUCCACUGAAUUGCACUCCUAGUAAGAUAAUUUUCUGGUGUGAUUCAACCAUAACGCUACACUGGCUAAAAACCGAACCGCAUCGACUCAAAACGUUCGUAGCUAAUCGGGUUAUAGAAAUUCGAGACCUUACCGAAGCAAUAGAAUGGAGACACAUUCGAUCGCAUGACAAUCCAGCGGACGCGCUCUCAAGGGGUCAAUUACCUCUAGUUUUUGUACAAAAUCAAAGUUGGCGCUCCGGUCCAUCCUGGUUAAUUAAGAACGAAGAUGACUGGCUUAACGAAAUCAUUCAAAUUUGCAACAUUCCGGAAUUAAAGAAAAACACAUGUAUGGUGUCGGUAUCUGACGAUCUAGGCAUUUUAGGUAGAUUUUCAUCUUAUGCCAAAUUAUGUAGGGUCGUUGCGUAUUGCCGUCGGUGUCGUCCCACCAAUAAACAUAAAGGAUCGUUGUGCACUCAAGAAAUUAUUGAAGCCGAAGUACAGAUUUUAAGACUUUUACAAAAAAUCCACUUUCACAAUGACAUUGAAGAUCUCAAAACCAAAAACCACGUGAGAAAGGGCAAAAUUCUUAAUCUUAAUCCAUUCUUGGACGAAAACGGUAUAAUUAGGGUUGGAGGUCGUCUCCAAAGAUCAAAACUGACGUUUGCUCAGAAGCAUCCGAUCCUCCUCCCAAACCGUAAUCAUUUAACCGACGUCAUUAUCCGCGAAACGCACGAAUCAAAUCAUCACUCGGGAAUUCAACACACGUUAGCAGCUGUGCGGCAGAGGUUUUGGGUACUCGACGGUCGGAACCAGGUUCGAAGAAUUGUGCGUAAAUGUAUGCGUUGUUUUCGAUUUGAUUCCAAUACCGUAGAACCCAAAAUGGGAAACCUUCCUAUAGCGCGAGUAAGGGAGGCAAUUCCGUUUUUCAAUACCGGCGUCGAUUUCUGCGGGCCGUUUUAUAUUAAAGAACGGAAAUUUCGUAAUAGGACGCGCAUUAAGGUCUAUGUAUGUAUUUUCGUGUGCAUGUCCAUCAAGGCCGUACAUCUCGAAGUCGUGACCGACUUGUCGUCUGACGGAUUUUUAGCCGCACUACGACGAUUUGCCGCGAGACGAGGAUUUCCGGAGCAUAUUUACUCCGAUAACGGAACCAAUUUCGUAGGAGCAAACAAUCAACUAAAAGAGAUGUACGUCCUUCUUAAUUCCGAAGCUCACAAGGAACGUAUAAAUAAGUUCGCGAGCGACCAUCGAAUAACGUGGCACUUUAUACCUCCAGCAGCUCCACAUUUCGGUGGAUUGUGGGAAAGUACUGUGAAAUUAUUCAAACACCAUUUUCGACGCGUGAUAGGAGAUUCGUUGUUUACACACGAAGAAUUAAAUACUUUCACUGCCGAAGUCGAGGGGAUUUUAAAUUCCCGGCCAAUCAUUCCACUUUCGUCCAAUCCCAAUGACACGUCCGCGCUAACUCCGGCACACUAUUUUAUUGGCAAACCUUUAACUGCCCUCCCGGAGGGCAAUUUGACAUGUGUUCCAGCUAAUCGUCUGUCUACGUGGCAGCACAUAACGAAAAUGAGACAAGACUUUUGGGCACGUUGGUAUCUUGAGUACUUAAAUGAACUCCAAGUACGCCACAAAUGGUCCAAGGACGGUCCGCAACUGAACAUAGGAACCAUGAUCUUAAUCAAGGACAAGCGCAUACCCUGCACACAAUGGGUUCUUGGCCGGAUCACGAGACUCUAUCCGGGAGACGAUGGCGUGAUACGAACAGCCUCCAUCAUGACGUCCUCCGGAGAAAUGACAAGACCUGUAAGAGGUCUCUGUCCAUUACCGAUGGAGCUGUGA